AUGUCGGCGGCACCUCCGAAGGGCUCUGGCGACGCCAAGCCCGUCCGCGUGCGUGGGCGGCAGCGCCCGACCGACCACAAGACGGGCCCCAAGGGAGAGCCGAUGACGCCCAUCCCCUCGGCGACGCUGGUGGUCCUCUGCCCUCGUUCGACGAGCGGGCCAGCCGAGGCCGUCUCGUAUGACACUCUGAUGGUACAGCGCUCUGCCAGAGACGGUUCGAGCUUCCGCUCAGCCGUCGUGUUCCCCGGAGGCGCCCUCGACCUCGCCGAUGAGGAGGCCAUCGACGUCGCUCUAGCCUCGAGUGCCGAGCGGAGCAGCGGCGGCAAACCGGCUUCGACGACGCCAGAAGGCUUUCUGCUGGCGCUCAAGCUCUGCGCCCUGCGCGAGACGUUUGAAGAGACAGGUCUGCUCCUCGUACCUUCGGCUUCGCCGAGCCAGCCCGGAGGGAUCCCGAUCAGCCGAGCCAUUGGUCACGAGGAGGCGGGCAUCCCGAAGGACGAGUGGGACCACAUCCGCGACGAGGUCCACAACGACGCUGUCCACUUUGUCCCCUUCCUGCAGCGGGUCACCAAGGCGCUGGCGGGCGAGGGUGCUUCCGCCGCCUCAAUCGGAGCGAGCCUGCCCGCGCUGGCCCCCAUGGCCCACCACUCGAACUGGAUCACGCCCCGCGCCGUUGUCCGUCCGGCCAAGCGAUUCGAUGCCCACUUUUUCGUCACGGCGCUCGACGCCCCGGACGCUUUCGGCAAGGACAACAAGACGCUCGCCUUGUCUGCCGACGGAUCCGAGACGCUCUCGCUGCGCUUGGGCACGCCGCGCGAGAUCAUCGACCUCGGACUCGCCGACCAGAUCAGCCUGUUCCCGCCGCAGUUCUACAUUCUCGCCGACCUGGAAGCUGCCAUUGGGCCCCAGACGACGACCGCUUCUCGCCGCUUCCAGCCUCUGAUCUUCGCGCCCAGUAGCCCGGCGACGUACACGCCCGCGGCCGAGUACCGCGUCACGCCGAUCGAGGAAGAGCAGCGCGGCCUGACUGGCCGGCAGAACUUUUCGUGGGAUCGCACCGAUCCGCCGGCGUCCGGAAAGGCCUCUGGCGCCUCGUCGGACAAGACGAGCUGGGUCGGCGACACGCAGCCUCCGCUCAACAAGCAGCGCGACCUCGGCCUGCACCCUGACCGCAUCGACCCGCGAGUCACGGUCGUCGAGCCAAAGGGACUGCCCAAGCAAGGCGCCAUGGUCUCGCUCGGCAGGAAGAAGGGAGAGGCAGCAACGUCGUCGGCAGGCGAAGCGGAGGAAGAGGAGACGCCGUUUGUCUUCCCCCUGGUCCUGCCCGGCGACUGGCAGGCCUCGCCCUCGCAACAGGAGAGGAUUAAGACGGCCUUCUCUGUGCCCUCCUCGUCCAGCGGCGCUGCGGCGUCGGGGCAGGCCACGACGGCCGGCGGCCAGCAAACCUCCGAGGCGGCCACCGCGCCCGCACCCGAGUCCAGGCCGCUCAACCGCCUGUACGUCUCGCCACGCCCCGCCGAGCUGGGAGGGGGCAUGACGGUGCGAGGCUGCGUGCGGCGCAGCAUCGGGACGCUGCAGGAUUUCCAGAUCGGUAUCCAGCUCCAGGACAAGUCGGGCGACGCCGAGCAGGCAACGAGGCGUGCCAAGAUCUAG